UUACGACGACAAGGACGGACGCCAUAGGUAAGUUUUAUCUUGUGCCGGCCAAGUCUUUUAUUCUCAUUGCCAUGGAGGUUCCAAAGUAUGAAGUACUUAACAGAUGAAAAAAAAAAACAGUCAAACUUUCUAACAUCCCAUUCUUCAAUCUCUUCUCCAUCAUCACAUGAUCGAGUGAUCGAUUGUAAACCCAGAUCGACGAGAAAAUGAAACGAGAAACCCAACAAGAAUCAUCUAAAGACAAAGACGGGGAAGAAAAGCAUGGCAUCUCGAACAAGUCUUAUUCACCUCCUCUCAGUCCUCUGGUAUUCCCCCAAACCCAUAACAAGCAGUCCUCAUCCACAUCUCCAUCUUCAUCACCACUACACGAUUCAUCUCCAACUCAUGAGGAAAUCUACCACACCAAUGAGUUCAGACUCACACCACCGGAAAAUCAGACCAACCACUCUCAGUUUGUGCCGCCGCCGCCGGCCGUGGUGGCCAAAGCCAAAGCCUCCCAAAAGGGGGUUGGUGCGCCAGAAGAGGCUCAAGAGGGAGGAGAGAAUAAGACAAGUUCGAGACCCUAUUCGUCGAUAUUGAAGAGGGAGAGAAGGCAAAACUUGGUGAGGAGGGCUAUGUUGGGGUUAAGGAUUUCUGGAUUUGUGUGUUGUUUGAUCUCUUUCUCGGUUAUGGCGGCCGACAAGAAGCAGGGUUGGGCUUCAGAUUCUUACUCUAACUACAAGGAAUUCAGGUAUUGCUUGGCAGUGAAUGUGCUAGGGUUUGUGUAUUCAGGGAUUCAGACGUAUGAUCUAGUAUACUAUUUCACCACCGGAAAACAUGUAGUGCAGCAUUAUCUGCGAUAUUACUUUGAUUUCUUGAUGGAUCAGAUUUUGACGUACCUUGUGAUAUCGGCAUCUUCAUCAGCUGCGACUCGGGUGGAAGAUUGGGAGUCGAAUUGGGGCAAAGACAAGUUUCCGGACAUGGCACGAGCAUCUGUGGCAUUGUCCUUCCUUGCCUUCUUUGCAUUUGCCUCUAGUUCCCUCAUCUCUGGUUACACCCUCUGUACUCUAAAAGCUAUGUAGAUAAUUAUCUACGUGCCACAGUUAACUUUCAAAUAUAUGGAUGAAAAUGGUAAUCUAGCAUCAUUCUUAUAUUCCAAUUUUGACAA